UUGGGAGGUAGGAGGGAUUAUUUUGCCCCACUGGGCCAACCCUGUGGGUAGCAGAUGAGCCGGAGUGAUGUGUGAGUGUGCAUGUGUGCGUGUUUGUGUGUUUGAGUGCAUUCUGCUGAGCAUUAAAGAGAAGCGCCCCGUGAGCCAGCCUGCUCCAACUGGGCUCUGCCACAAGCUCCAUUCCAAAAACUCGUCUCUCCUUCCUGCUCCAGAUGAUGCCUUGGAUUUAGCCGACCCGCUCGAGUGAUAUGAAUAGGACACUGGACAAAAUAAACACUUCUUUAAGCUUCAGACACAAAGCAGAGAUUUUUCAGAGUGGUAAUGUGAGUGGCUUUCCUAGCCCAGCCCUGAUCCCGUUGCAAGAGUCUUUACUCACAACAAAUGCUCAGAAAACCCGGACUAAGCCAUGUGAGGAGAACAGGUGCAUUAAAGAAGAAGAGGAAUCCCUAUGUUUCCCUGUUCCAAAUCCAUCUUCUGAGUCUCAGCCGACACUUGUUGUUUCUGAAUGUUUGUCAUCGUGGACCAAAUGUAGUGCAACUCAGGUAAUCAAAGUUUACAAUGAAGACAACACCAGCAAAGCCAUUGAAGUGCCCCCCGAUGUCACUGCCAGGGACAUAUGCCAGCUGUUCGUCAUGAAGAAUCACUGCAUUGACGACCACAGCUGGACUCUGUUUGAACACUGGACACAUCUAGGAAUAGAGAGAACCAUUGAAGAUCAUGAGUCUGUAAUGGAGGUUCUGUCAGUCGGGGGGAUGGACACUGACUGCCGUCUGCAUUUCAGGAAGAAUUAUGCAAAAUAUGAGUUUUUUAAGAAACCUCUGGUUUUUUUCCCAGAUCACAUGUUUUCCAUAUCCUCGGAAACAAACGGAAUUGUGGAUCCCUCUGAAUUAAUUGAGACGUUUGUCAAAUCCAGCACUUGUCCAGAGGUCCACGGAUACCUCCAUGCCAAAGACCAAAGCAGGAAGUCUUGGAAGAAGUUUUAUUUUGUUUUGCGGAGGUCUGGACUUUACUUCUCCACCAAGGGGACCUCCAAGGAACCCAGGCACCUGCAGUUCUUUGCCGACUUCACUGACUGUGAUAUCUACUCUGUUCUGUCAGCCAAGAAGCUAUACGGGGCACCAACAGAAUUUGCUUUCUGCAUCAAGUCUACGAAGAGCUGCUCAGCUCGAGACUUGAAGCUGCUUUGUGCUGAUGUUGAGCACACCAAGACCUGCUGGAUCACAGCCAUGCGCUUGUUAAAGUUUGGGAUGCAACUGUACCAAAACUUUAUUCAACCUCAUCAGAAACAGAAAGUCUCACCUAUGAGGAGCAUCUCAGAAAACUCCCUGGUGGCCAUGGACUUUUCUGGGCAAAAAACCCGAGUGAUUGAAAACCCGUCAGAGGUGCUGUCUGUGGCUGUAGAGGAAGGUCUGUCAUGGAGGAGGAAAAGCUGUCAUCGCCUAAGCAGCCACGGGAGCCCCUCCAGCUCUCAGAGCUCUGUGCCAAACAUAGCAAUCCAUUUAGCCCAGCCGUGGUUUCACGGCAAACUGUCCCGUGAAGAGGCUCAGCGCCUGAUUACCCAGCAGGGUCUAAUUGAUGGGGUUUUUUUACUGAGGGACAGUCAAAGCAGCCCAAAGGCGUUUGUUCUUUCGUUGUGCCAUCUCCAGAAGAUCAAGCACUUCCCAAUCAUACCGGUGGACGAUGAUGGCGAGGUGUUCUACAGCUUGGACGACGGUCACACCCGCUUUACCGACCUGAUCCAGUUAGUGGAGUUUCACCAGCUAAACCGAGGGAUUCUUCCAUGCAAGCUCAAGCACCACUGCACCCAGAUCACCCUGUGAGCCAUCAGGAGGGCGCUAACGCACCUUAUCUUCAGCUCUUUCUGGAUGAACACUCCUCCAGUUCUGCCUUAAAAAUAACAGAGACAGCAAUUCAUGGUCAAAAUCCCUUUUUUUAUACAUCUUUCUCCUUUAGCUAUUAAAUAUUACUACUGGUGCUGUUAAUCUGAUGUAAAAGCGAUCUUGAUCAAUUUUUCAAGAAACUGCUUUACUCCUUAUGAAGGUGGAAUGUCAUAAAGCUGUCUUAUGACCCACACGAUGACAGGAAAAAGGCCGUCUUUUUUUUUUUUUUUUUU